GAGUCCAUCGACACCUGGCGACGGUCGGUGCCGAGCCGCAUGGAGCGCGAAGAUCCGUUUGACAACGAUGGCUUCGAGGAACGGCCCAGCACUCGCGUCGCCUUUCAUGAACCCGCGAGGCCUUCCCGCCGCCCCUCAAACCGGGUCGCCCUGAUGCGCUCCGCCAUCCCGCUGUUUCGCCGCCGCGACGGCCCCAACGCCCUGGGCGAGUCCCUCAUGGAGCGGCCCGAGACGGCGCUGGGAGUGCGCGAUGACGAUAACGACGAGCCCGAGGCAGCGCAGACCAGGAACCCUAUCCGCGGCUUCUUCGCGCUCUUUGGUCGUAAGCGCAAGCGCCGCAGCCCGUCGGUGUCGCCCGCUCCCACCGUCCGUCUCGCAGCGCCGCUGACUCUUCACUUUUUGUUUGUCGGCCCCCCGGGCUCUGGCCAGACUUCACUGCUUUUCCGUUCCCGUUAUGGAUGCUUCCCUGAUUCGAGUGCCAUCACCCGCACCUGCUAUGAGACGUACACCAACAUCCGCAUGUACGACUCCCAGCCGGACACUUCCGGCGCGCCUGACAUGACCACCGUCGAGAGCCUCUCGUACGUGCAGUGGGAUUGCAUCUUCCUAUGCUUUGACAUCAAGGAGAAGCAGUCUAUGAGCGCGGUUGCCAGAUGGUGGAUUGAUGCUGUGGAGCGUGGCUUUCUCAACCAGCAGGAGAACGAGGUGCUCGUCGUCCUCCUCGGACUGAAGAAGGACGUCCGCGGGGAGUGCGCCGACGCGAGCCAUCGCGUUACCCUUCUCCCUGGCCAUCCGGCCGAGACCACGGUUCCCAACUGCUGUGUGAUGCCACAAGAGGGCCUCUUCAUGUCUCGUCACCUCCGCUGCUGGGGCUAUGCCGAGUGCUCCGCGGCCACUGGUGAAGGCAUGGACAGCCUGUUCGAACGAGCCGGCCAGGAAGCAACGCGACGAGCCAUC